AUAUUUUCUGCAUCGCAUUUUCUCAUUUAUAUAAAUAGCUGUUAAAAGGCAUUGUCUCCAGUCGAAACCAUUGGAAUGACUUCUCCUGGAAAUGAGAGAUAAUAUAAACUGGCUGGUGAAAUAUCAAAUAUUUUACUGUUUGAUCACCUAUUGGGAUGUUGUUUGUGGCCACAUUCGUUACUCUGUUCCCGAGGAAUUGCAAGUAGGUGCCUUUAUUGGAAAUAUCGCAAUUGAUUUGGAGUUAAAUUUAAAGCAGCUGUCGGCUCGCAGAUUGCGGGUGGCGCCCAGUCCGAGGAAGCGGUAUGUUGACGUCAAUUUGGAGAACGGGAUUUUAUUUGUGAAAGAAAGAAUCGACCGGGAGCAACUUUGCGGGCCGAGCACCGAAUGUGUUUUAUCAUUCAACGUUGUGCAUGAAAAUCCCCUCGGUCUGCACCAGGUGGAAGUGGAAAUUCUCGAUGUUAAUGACAACGCUCCCAGUUUUCCUAAAAGACAGAUCCGCCUGGAAAUCUCAGAGAGUCGGGCACCGGGAGCGCGAUUCCACCUCGAAGCCGCUCAUGAUCCGGAUAUUGGAACUAAUUCCUUACAGACAUACAAGCUCCUUCCCAAUGAAUAUUUCAUUCUUGAUGUACAAGAACGAGAGAGGAUAGGAAAGUUACCAGUAUUGGUGCUGCUGAGGGCUUUGGACAGAGAGAAGAUAUCGACCCAUCAGAUAACUCUAGUUGCCGAAGACGGCGGAGUCCCUGUGAGAUCAGGGACUGUCCAGGUAACAAUCAAAGUGAACGAUGCGAAUGACAACUCUCCUGUUUUCUCACAGUCGGUUUAUCAGGUGAGUGUGUCGGAAUCGGCUCCCAAAGGAACUCUGAUUAUUACGUUAAAUGCCACUGAUUUGGACGAUGGUCCGAAUGCAGAGAUAAAGUACGACCUUAGCAGCCAUAAUUCAGCUGAGAUUCGUGCAUUAGUAGGAGUGAAUUCCAAAUCUGGGGAAAUCAUACUGAAAGGGCAGUUAGACUAUGAAGAAAGACAAUCUUUCGUCAUUAAUAUUUACGCAAUCGAUAGUGGGCAUCUCCCAAUACCCCAGUACUGCGAUGUGUUGGUGGAUGUAAUCGACGUGAAUGACAAUGCUCCUGAUCUGUUGGUGACAUCCAUGUCAGAUGUCGUGGCAGAAAAUGCUCCAGUGGGAACUAUAAUCGGCCUUAUCAGUGCAGAGGACAAGGAUUCUGAGAGAAAUGGUCAAGUGCAGUGUCGAAUUCCGAAUGAACUUCCCUUUAAGUUAAAUUCCUCUAUAAAUAACAAUUGGAAACUAUUUAUACAACAUGCACUGGAUCGCGAAACUACCUCGAGGUAUGACAUUACUGUAAUUUGUAGUGAUGCAGGGGAUGCUCCCCUAACAUCCAAGAAAACGAUCCGCGUAGAAGUUUCAGAUAUAAAUGACAACGCGCCAAGUUUUACGCAGUCUGUAUACACGGCUAAUAUAAUGGAAAACAACGAUAUUGGCGAUUCGAUAUUCUCCCUGACAGCUUUCGAUCCAGACUCGGGACAGAAUUCCCAUUUGAACUUUAAUAUCCUGAAUUCAACAGCAGCCUCGUAUGUCUCCAUCAACUCGCAGAGUGGUGUCAUAUUUGCUCGGAGAACGUUUGACUUCGAGAUUUUGAAGAACUUCCAGAUCCAAGUUCAGGUGCAGGAUUCUGGAGUCCCAGCCCUCAGCAGUAACGUUACAAUCCAUGUUGUUGUCCUUGAUGAGAACGAUAAUGCCCCGGUGAUCGUGCAUCCUUUACCUGCGUAUGGGUCAACGGUAAUGGAGACCAUGAGCAGGUUUGCUGAACCUGGAUACUUUCUUAUCAAGGUCUCAGCUACUGACGCCGACGCUGGUCAGAACGCCCGUCUGUCUUACCACAUUUUUCAGGCUACCAAUCGCGAUCUAUUUACUAUUUCAGCAGACACAGGUGAAGUUUGGAGUAUCCGCGGUAUUCGGAGUAAAGACGCUUCAAAACAAAGGCUGGUGAUUGUUGUGAAAGAUCACGGAACGCCCUCACUAUCAGCCACAGUCACCAUAGUGAUAUCUGUGACUGGAGAUGAAAAGAUUUUCAGUGCCACCAAUUUAAGUAAAGAUCGCGAGUACUCCCCUGAUGUGAACCUUCACUUACUCAUAGCAUUAGGGACAACAUCUAUAAUUUUUCUAGUAAUUUUAAUUAUUCUUGCGAUUAAAGUUCAUAAAAACAGAACUGGGAUGGGAUGCCAAUACAAUUCUCUGAAUAUCUGUUGUUGUUUGGAAACAAGGAACUUCCUAAAUGGAACUGAAAAAGCCAGCAGAAGUCUUCAAAUACCACCGAACUAUGUUGAGGUAUUCGGAGGUGAUCCACUUUCCCAGAGUUUCCGUUACGAAUCGUGUUCCACGCUGCACAGCGUGAAGAGAGACUACGCAACCUCACACACCUGCGCACCACCUGCAGGGAUGCACUACACAGAGAAAAGUACGAUUGGGAAAGGAAAUCCAGAAAUGAUUCGUUAUUCUGUUCCCGAGGAAUUGCAACGGGGUGCCUUUGUUGGGAAUAUCGCAAUUGAUUUGGGGUUUGAUUUAGAGCAGCUGUCGGCACGCAAAUUGCGGGUGGCACCCAGUCCGAGGAAGCAGUAUGUUGACGUCAAUUUGGAGAAUGGAGUUUUAAUUGUGAAUGAAAGAAUUGACAGGGAACAGCUUUGCGGGCCGAGCCCUCAAUGCGUUUUAUCUUUCAACGUUGUGCUUGAAAAUCCCCUCGGUUUGCACCAGGUGGAAGUGGAGAUUCUUGAUAUAAAUGACAACUCUCCCAGUUUCCCGAAACACCAGAUCCGGCUGGAAAUCUCAGAGAGCAGGGCACCGGGAGCGCGAUUCCCCCUUGAAGCCGCGCACGAUCCGGACAUUGGAACUAAUUCCUUGCAGACAUACCAGCUGCUCCCCAAUGAAUAUUUCGUUGUUGAUGUACAAGUCCACGAUGGAAUAGGGAAGUUCCCAGUAUUGGUGUUGCAAAGGGCAUUGGACAGGGAAACGAUAUCGACCCAUAGGUUAACGCUACUUGCUGAAGACGGCGGAGUCCCGGUGAGAUCGGGCACAGUCCAGGUAACAGUCACAGUGAACGAUGCGAAUGACAACCCUCCUGUUUUCUCCCAGUCGGUUUAUAAGGUCAAUAUGUUGGAAUCGGCUCCCAUAGGAACUCUGAUUAUUACGUUAAACGCCACAGAUUUGGACGAUGGUCCGAAUGGAGAGAUAACGUAUGCUCUCAGCAGCCACAAUUCAGCUGCGGUUCGUGAAUUAGUUGUCGUGAAUUCCAAAACUGGUGAAAUCAGACUGAAAAGGCAAUUGGAUUAUGAACAAAGCAAAACAUUUAUUAUUAAUCUGCAAGCAGUCAAUAGCGGCCCUUACCCAAUGCCCCAGCACUGUGAUGUUUUGGUGGAUGUGAUUGAUGUGAAUGACAACGCUCCUGAACUGUCGGUGACGUCCAUCUCGAAUUCUGUGACAGAAAAUGCUCCAGUGGGAGCUAUUGUCGCCCUGCUCAGUGCGGAAGAUAAGGAUUCUGGGCAAAACGGGCAUGUCGAAUGUCGAAUUCCGAAUAAUCUUCCCUUUAAGUUAGAUUCCCCUGUGAAGAACAGUUGGAAACUGCUUGUACAGCAUGUGCUGGACCGCGAGACUACCUCCAGGUAUGACAUUACAGUGACUUGUACGGACGCAGGGACGCCGCCCCUCACAUCCAAAGAAACGAUUCAGGUGCAAGUUUCAGAUGUAAAUGAUAAUGCACCCAGUUUUACGCAGUCUGUAUACACGGCAAAUGUUAUGGAGAACAACGUUAUUGGGGGAUCCAUAUUCUCCGUGACAGCUUUCGACCCAGACAGAGGGCUGAAUGCUCGACUGAAAUAUACUAUCCUGAAUUCAUCGCUAGCCUCAUAUGUUUCCAUCAACUCGCAGAGUGGUGUCAUUUAUGCUCAGAGAUCGUAUGACUACGAGAUGUUGAAAAAUUUCCAGGUAUACGUUGGGGUGCAGGAUUCAGGAAUCCCACCCCUCACUAGUAAUGUUACAAUUGAUGUUGUUAUCCUUGAUCAGAACGAUAAUGCCCCGGUGAUCGUGCACCCUUUACCCGAGUAUGGCUCAACAAUAAUGGAGACAAUGAACAGGUUUGCUGAACCUGGAUAUCUCGUUGUCAAGGUCUCAGCUACUGACGCCGAUACUGGUCAGAAUGCUCGUCUGUCUUAUCACAUUUUUCAGGCUACCCAUCGCGAUCUCUUUACUAUUUCAGCAGAAACCGGUGAAGUUUGGACUAUCCGUGACAUUCAGAUCAAAGAUGCUCCAAAACAAAGGCUGGUGAUUGUUGUGAAAGAUCACGGAACGCCCUCACUAUCAGCCACAGUAACUAUAUCAAUAUCUGUGACAGGUAGUGAAACGAUAUCCAGCGCCACAGGUCUAAGUAAAGAUCGUGAGCUCUCUCCUAAACUGAACUUUUACUUAGUCAUAGCGUUAGGGUCGACAUCUAUAAUUUUCCUCGUCAUUUUAAUUACCCUUGCUAUUAAAGUUCAUAAUAACAGAAACGGAAUGGAAUGCCAAUACAAUAUCUGUUGCUGUAUGGAAACAAGCAACUUUCUAAAUGGAACGCAAAAGGCCAGUAGAAGCCUUCAGGUUCCACCGAACUAUGUUGAGGUAUUUGGAGGUGAUCCACUUUCUCAGAGUUUCCGUUACGAGUCGUGUUCGACUUUGCAGACUGUCAAAAGGAACUUCACGGCCCCCCACAAGCAUGGACCGUCUGCCGGUAUUCCCUUGGCACAGCAGGAACCUCGUGAGAAAGAAAGUGCAGGAAUGGUAAACCCUGAAAUCUACAGCUGCCGUACAAAUAAUGAGCCCCCUUCAAUACACAGCCGCCAUCGCUUAAGAUCAGUCGCCGUGAAAACUGCAUUGCCAGCAGCACUGGAGGAUUGGAACUCGGUUCUUUUCACAUUGGAACAAUAUAAGAACAUUUCUAAGCUAACAGCAGAGGAUAUAUCAAAAAGUGGCCAGAUUAGAUAUUCUGUACCCGAGGAAUUGCAACUGGGUGCCUUUGUUGGAAAUAUUGCAAUCGAUUUGGAGUUAAAUUUAAAGCAGCUGUCUGCUCGUAGUUUGCGGGUGGCGCCCAGUCCGAAGAAGCGGUAUGUUGACGUCAAUUUGGAGAAUGGAAUUCUAUUUGUGAAUGAAAGAAUCGACCGAGAACAACUUUGCGGACCGAACACCGAAUGCAUUUUAUCAUUCGACGUUGUGCUUGAGAAUCCCCUCGGUCUGCAUCUGGUGGAAGUGGAGAUUCUUGAUAUAAAUGACAACGCUCCAAGUUUCCCUAGAAGCCAGAUCCGCUUGGAAAUUUCAGAGAUUACGGCACCAGGAGCGCGAUUCCCCCUCGAGACCGCUCACGAUCCGGAUAUUGGAGCUAAUUCCGUAGAGACGUAUCAGCUCCUUCCCAAUGAAUAUUUCAUUCUUGACUUACAAGUACACGGAGGUAUAGGGAAGUUCCCAGUAUUGGUGUUGUUAAGGGCAUUGGACAGAGAAACGAUAUCGACCCAUCAGUUAGUUCUAACUGCCGAAGAUGGCGGAGAACCUGUGAGAUCGGGCAAAGUCCAGGUAAAAAUUACAGUGACUGAUGCGAACGACAACUCUCCUGUUUUCUCGCAGUCGAUUUAUAAGGCCAAUAUGUUAGAGUCGGUUCCCAUAGGAACUCUAAUUAUUAUGUUAAACGCCACAGAUGUAGACGAUGGCACGAAUGGAGAGAUAACGUAUGCCCUCGGCAGUCAUAAUUCAGCUGAGGUUCGCGAAUUAGCUGCCGUGAAUUCCAAAACUGGUGAAAUCAGACUGAACGAGCACUUGGACUAUGAACAAAGAAAAAGUUUUUUAAUAAAUAUUCAAGCAGUCGAUAAUGGACAUCCCGCAAUGUCUGAACACUGUGAUGUCCUGGUGGAGGUUAUUGAUGUGAACGACAACGCUCCCGAAUUGUCGGUGACGUCGAUCUCAAAUUUCGUGACAGAAAACGCUACAGUGGGAACUAUUAUCGCACUGCUCCGGGCAGAGGAUAGGGACUCUGGGGAAAAUGGACAAGUACAAUGUCGAAUUCCGAAUGAGCUUCCCUUUGAGAUGAAUUCGUAUAUAAAUAACAACUGGAAAUUGUUGGUAGACCGUGCGCUGGAUCGCGAAACUUCCUCCAGAUAUGACAUCACUGUAACUUGCACAGAUGCUGGGAACCCCUCUCUCUCAUCUAAGGAAACUAUCCGUGUGGAAAUUUCAGAUGUGAAUGAUAAUGCACCAAGUUUUACGCAGUCUAUAUACACGAUAAAUAUAAUGGAGAACAACAUUAUUGGAAAUUCAAUAUUCUCCCUGACAGCUUUCGAUCCAGACUCGGGACAGAAUUCCCUGUUGAACUUUACUAUCCUGAACUCAUCUGGAGCUUCAUAUGUCUCCAUCAACUCACAGACUGGUAUUAUCUUUGCUCAGAGAUCUUUUGACUACGAGAAAUUGAAAAACUUCCAGUUCCAAGUUCAGGUGCAGGAUUCUGGUGAUCCCGCCCUCACCAGUAACGCUACAAUUGAUGUUGUUAUCCUUGAUCAGAACGAUAAUGCCCCGGUGAUCGUGCAUCCUUUACCCGAGUAUGGGUCAGCAGUAAUGGAGACCAUGAGCAGGUUUGCUGAAUCUGGAUAUCUCGUUGUCAAGGUCUCAGCUACUGACGCCGACGCUGGUCAGAACGCCUGUCUGUCUUACCACAUUUUUCAGGCUACCAAUCGUGAUCUGUUUACUAUUUCAACAGACACAGGUGAAGUUUGGACUGUCCGGGCUAUUGAGAGCAAGGAUGCUUCUAAACAAAGGCUAGUGAUUAACGUAAAAGAUAACGGAACGCCCUCACUUUCAGCCACAGUAAUCAUCGUAAUAUCUGUGACAGGAAGUGAAACGGUCUCCAGUGCCACCAGUUUAAGUAAAAAUCGCCAGUUCUCUCCCGACCUGAACCUUUACUUAGUUAUAGCAUUAGGAACGACAUCUAUAAUUUUCCUGAUAAUUUUAAUUAUCCUUGCUAUGAAAGUUUAUAACAGAACUGGAAUGGAAUGCCAAAGCAAUGUCGGGUGCUGUCUGGAUACAAGAAACUUUCUUAACGGGACUCAGAAGGCCAGUAGGAGCCUUCAGAUACCACCGAACUACGUCGAGGUAUUCGGAGGUGAUCCACUUUCUCAGAGCUUCCGUUACGCGUCUUGUUCAACAUUGCAGUCCAUGAAGAGAGACUUCACAGCCCCUCGUGGACCAUCUACAUCUAUUCCUUACACCCAUAAGAAACCCACUGGGAAAGAAAGCCCUGGAAUGUUAUCUACUGAAGACUACAGUUGCAAUACAAAUAAUGAGUUUCCACUGGAAAUGAGAUACAAUAUAUACUGGCUGCUGAAAUACCAACUGUUCUGCUCCUUGAUCAACUCCUGGGAUUUUGUUUGUGGCCAGAAUCGCUAUUCUGUUCCCGAGGAAUUACAACUGGGUGCCUUUGUUGGAAAUAUCGCAGUUGAUUUGGGAUUAGAUUUAAAGCAGCUCUCUGCUCGUAGAUUACGGGUGGCGUCAAGUCCGCGAAAGCGGUAUGUUGACGUAAGUUUGGAGAAUGGGGUUUUAUUUGUGAAUGAAAAAAUUGACCGGGAACAACUUUGCGGAUCGAGCACCGAAUGCGUUUUAUCAUUCAACGUUGUGAUUGAAAAUCCCAUCAGCGUGCACCAGGUGGAAGUGGAGAUUCUCGAUGUAAAUGAUAACGCUCCCAAUUUCCCCAAAAGCCAGAUCCGCCUAGAAAUCUCGGAGAUUAUGGCACCAGGAGCGCGAUUCCUCCUCGAGGCUGCGCACGAUCCGGACAUUGGAACGAACUCUUUACAGACCUACCACCUACUUCCCAAUGAAUAUUUCAUUCUUGAUGUUCAAGAGCACGAUAGGGUAGGAAAAUUACCGGAGUUAGUGCUGCAGAGGGCUUUGGACAGAGAAACGAUAUCGGCUCACCAUUUAACUCUAGUUGCUGAAGACGGCGGUGUCCCGGUGAGAUCGGGCACGGUCCAGGUAACAAUCGCAGUCAAGGAUGCGAAUGACAACUCUCCUGUUUUCUCGCAAUCGCUCUAUCAGGUCAGUAUGUUGGAAUCGGCUCCCAUAGGAACUCUGAUUAUCACGUUAAACGCCACGGAUUUGGACGACGGCCCGAAUGGAGAGAUAACGUAUGCUCUCAGCAGCCGUAAUUCAGCUGAAAUUCGCGAAUUAGUUAGCCUGGAUUCCAAAACAGGUGAAAUAAGUUUAAGAGAGUAUAUAGACUAUGAACAACGCAAAACCUUUGUUCUGAAUGCAGAAGCAAUCGAUAAUGGCCCUUACCCAAUGCCCCAGCACUGUGCUGUGGUGGUGGACGUUAUUGACGUGAAUGACAACGCCCCUGAGCUGUCGUUCACAUCCAUCUCAAAUACUGUGGCAGAAGGUGCUCCAGUGGGGACUAUUGUUGCGCUUCUCAGUGCAGAAGACAAGGAUUCUGAACAAAAUGGGCAAGUAGAAUGUCGAAUUCCAAAUAACUUACCCUUUAAGUUAGAUUCAGAUGUGAAGAACAAUUGGAAACUGCUUGUACAGCAUGUGCUGGAUCGCGAAGCUACUUCCAGCUAUGACAUUACUGUGACUUGCACGGAUGCAGGGAGGCCUCCCCUCGCAUCCAAGAAAUCAAUACGUGUGGACGUUUCAGAUGUAAAUGACAACGCACCAAAAUUUACGCAAUCGGUAUUCACGGCUAAUAUAAUGGAAAACAACGUCAUUGGGGAUCCCAUAUUCUCCCUGACAGCUUUCGAUGCAGACUCGGUACAGAAUUCUUGCUUGAACUUUACUGUCAUGAAUUCAGCCGUAGCUUCUUAUGUUUCCAUCAACUCGCGGAGUGGUGUCAUAUUUGCCCAGAGAUCUUUUGACUACGAGAGAUUGAAAACUUUCCAGAUACACGUCCGGGUGCAGGACUCUGGAACCCCACCCCUCGCCAGUAAUGUUACAAUUGAUGUUUUCAUCCUUGAUCAGAACGAUAAUGCCCCGGUGAUCGUGCAUCCUUUACCCCAGUAUGGAUCUACUGUAAUGGAGACAAUGAGCAGGUUUGCUGAACCUGGUUACCUCGUGGUCAAAGUGUCAGCCACCGACGCCGAUGCUGGUCAGAAUGCUCGUCUGUCUUAUCAUAUUUCUCAGGCUACCCAUCGCGGUCUGUUCACUAUUUCGGCAGAAACCGGGGAAGUUUGGACUAUCCGGACCAUUGAGAACAAGGAUGCUUCCAAGCAGAGACUUGUGAUUGUCGUAAAAGAUAACGGAACGCCUUCACUUUCGGCCACGGUAACCAUAGUAAUAUCAAUGACAGGAAGUAAAACUAUCUCCGGAGCUACCAGUUUAAAUAAAGCUCGCGAGCUCUCCCCUAAAUUGAACCUUUACUUAGUCAUAGCAUUAGGAACGACAUCUAUCGUUUUCCUCAUAAUUUUAAUUAUCCUUUCUAUUAUAGUUCGUAAUAACAGAAAUGAAAUGGGAUGCCAAUACAGAGCAUGUUGCUGUUUGGAAACAAGGAACUCUCUAAAUGGAACUCCGAAGGCCAGUAGGAGCCUUCAGAUACCACCGAAUUAUGUCGAGGUAUUCGGAGGUGAUCCACUUUCCCAGAGUUUCCGGUACGAGUCGUGUUCGACUUUGCAAUCGGUAAAGAGAGACUUCACGACACCGCAUACGCGCGGUCCAUCUGCUGUUAUGCACUAUGCGCAGAUGCAACACAUUGGGAAAGAAACUUCAGCAAUAGUAGACUCUGAAAUAUACAACUGCGGUACAAGUAAUGAGGUUUUUGUGCGACUCUUUGCAUUUCUAAUACGUUGUUACACCAAGUCAUGGAAGCACAUAGGAUUCCCUUAUGACUUUGUACCGAAACGAAAUUUAGUGAAUUGCUUAGUGGUUGUUAAAUCGGGUCCCGUCUUCCACAGUUUAUAUGUUAACUGUUUCGCGAGGAACUACAGAUGGUUUACACUGGAAAUGCGGUAUAAUAUAUAUUGGCUGCUAAAAUGUCGGUUGCUAUAUUGCGUGUUUUAUUCGUGGAGUAUAGUUUCGGGCACGAUUCAUUAUUCGAUUCCUGAAGAACUGCAGCAGGGCGCCUUUGCUGGGAACCUCGCAGCCGAUUUUGGUUUAGAUGUAAAGCAGCUUUCGGCACGAGGUGCUCGGAUCGUGUCCGGUCCCAAGAAAUCAUAUAUGGAUAUCAAUUUGAAAAAUGGACUUUUAUUUGUGAAGGAAAAAAUUGACAGAGAACAGCUGUGUGAGUCGAGGCUCUUUUGUGUGUUAUCCUUAGAUGUUUUGCUCGAAAAUCCCCUAAAGCUGUACCAGGUUUCAGUAGAGAUCCUUGAUGUAAAUGACAAUGCUCCCAUUUUCCCCGAGAGCGAAAUGCGGCUGGAGGUCUCCGAGCUGGCUACACCGGGAGCGCGUUUCCUUCUCGAGUCAGCGCAUGAUGCGGACGCCGGGCCCAAUUCCUUGCAAACGUACAAGCUCCAUCCGAACGAAUGUUUCUUUCUGGAUGUGCAAGUGCGCACAGGAAAUGAAAUGUUACCAGUAUUAGUGUUGCAGCGCCCCUUGGACAGAGAAAAAGAAUCGAUCCACAAAUUAGUUUUGAUAGCGGAGGAUGGUGGUAUCCCUUUAAGGUCAGGCACCCUUAAGGUUACCAUCACGGUGACGGAUGCAAACGAUAACGUGCCUGUUUUUCCUCAGUCAACUUAUAAAGUUAGCCUAUUAGAGUCUGCACCCAAAGGAACACUUAUUAUCAAAUUAAACGCCACUGACGUGGACGAUGGUCCCAACGGAGAGAUUAUGUACUCGUUCAGCAGCCAUAAUUCUGCCAGAGUGCGUAAACUUUUUGAUGUUAAUUCCAAAACUGGUGAAAUUACAUUGAAAGGAAAAUUGGAUUAUGAAGAGAGUAGAACAAUGGAGAUUAGCAUACAGGCAAAGGACAUGGGUUUAAACUCAGUGGCCGUGUAUUGUGACGUGUUGCUGAACAUUAUCGAUGUCAAUGAUAACGCACCUGAGGUAACAGUCACAUCCCUAUCGAGUAACGUUUUGGAAAAUGUUCCCAAUGGGACUGUAGUAGUUCUCUUCAGUGUAGAAGACAAGGACUCGGGACAAAACGGACAAGUACAGUGUCAAAUUUCAAGCAAACUGCCCUUUAGACUCGAUUCAUCUUUGACGAAUUAUUACGGGAUGCUUAUUGACCAACCGUUGGAUCGCGAAAGCGCCUCCAGGUAUGAUGUUACAAUAACAUGUACCGAUGCAGGAAUCCCUCCUCUCACAUCUCAGGAAACCAUUCGCUUGGAGGUUUCAGAUGUAAAUGAUAACGCGCCAAGAUUUAUGCAGCCCGCGUACACCGCUAGUGUCAUGGAGAAUAAUGUGAUUGGUGCUUCUAUAUUACAGAUAAGUGCCGUCGAUCCAGAUGUAGGGCAAAAUUCCAGAUUGAAAUUUUAUAUUCUAGAGUCUCAACAUCGGAACCCCCAAGAAAAUUCUUACGUCUCUGUUAAUUCAGAGAGUGGCGUCAUAUUUGCCCAGAGAUCGUUUGACUACGAACAACUGAAGAAGUUUCAGAUCCAGGUUCAGGUGCAGGAUUCCGGAGUCCCGCCGCUCUGCAGCAACGUUUCAGUGGAGAUUGUUAUACUCGAUCAGAACGACAAUGCCCCAGUGAUUGUGAAUCCUCUGCCCGAAUACAGAACAGAAACAAUAUCUCUGUUCUCUGAACCAGGAUCCCUCGUUGCCAAGAUAGCAGCCACCGAUGCUGACAGUGGUCAAAACGCCUUUCUCUCUUUCCAGAUUUUUCAAGCCACCCAUCAUGAUCUUUUUACUAUUUCGCCGGAGACUGGCGAAAUUUGGACUAUACGUCGGAUCACAAGCAAGGAUGCCCCUAAGCAAAGGCUAGUGAUUGUGGUCAAAGAUCAUGGAACUCCUUCACUCUCAUCUUCUGUGACCAUAGCAUUGACUGUGGUUGGGGCUGACAGUGAAAAGUUCUCAGGUGCUAAUGGUUUACCUAAAAAUCUGGGAUUCACACGCCAUCUUGGUUUUUCUUUGGUCAUAACGUUUGGGAUAACAUCUACAGUUCUCUUUGUUAUUUUACUUAUCCUUGCUGUUAAGAUUUAUAGAAACAGGCAGGGAUCCGGAGGACAUCACUGUUCCUGUUGCUGCCUUGGAUCAAGAGAUUCUCUGAAUGGAAUUCAAAAGGCCAGUCGAAGCCUGCAGAUACCUCCAAAUUACGUCGAGGUAUUCGGGGGCGAUCCACUCUCUCAGCGUUUUCCUUACAAGUCAUGUUCAACUUUGCCGUCGACGGAUGUCAAAGCAUGUGGGCAUUCCACAGGCGAUCAUUAUCUACAGAAUGAAGUUUUCAGGAAAGACAAACCUGAAAGUGGCAAUUACAGCAACACUAUAAAUAACGAGGUGAAACAACCAAAUAGUGAUUGGCGUUUCUCACAGACCCACAGAGCUGAGCUAAACAGUUCCCAGUACCUGGAGGAGGAAGGUGCACAGCGCGAAAUACAAUGUGAAGUUCAGCGUGAGGUCCAGCGGGAGGUCCAGCGGGAGGUGCAGCGAGAAGUACAGCGCGACGUGCAGUGUGAUGUGCCACGCAACAUUCAACGCGACCUACAGCGCGAUGUGCACUGUGACGUGCAGCACGUUGCUGAAAAUGACCCUGGCGGACCAAGGAAACCAGUAUGUGCAAGGCCUCCCGCCAUCCCAGCCGGUAGAGAUGGGUGGACAUUACCACGGACAGCUCCUCGAAUGCAGCUACAGAUGACGCUAGGCACUCACGUACCAGGGACCCUGCGAAGUCAGUACCUCUUCCCCCGAGAGUCUCGUAUCUCCGGAGCACGUAUCAGUAAUUCAAGCGUGGAGUUCACUGCUUUCCCUGUUGGCAGCCUCCAUGGUCCUUGGGCUGUAAACCAGACACGAGAUCGUAGAGGCAUCACCUGUCCGGGCAGCCGGAGACCAGAGUUGGACACCGAGGCUCGCUGUGAAAUUUCCUGCUCACCAUCAAGCCUCCGAUUAUCUACACAAUGUCUAUAUUCCCGGGACCACCACCACCCUCUCCGGCAAGUCAACAACUGAGCGUGAAGGGAAGAAGUCCUUCAUAACUUUUGGGAAGAAGAAAAAAAGUGGUAAAUAGAAGAGGGGGUCAAACUAAACAUUUCAAUAAUUGUGAAAAACAUAAAAUGGAGCUGCAUGACAGAAGCACGUCUUUUUUUUAAAAAAAUACUAAAUGUCACUUCAAAAAAAAAUUAAUUGGGCCAAAGAAGCCCUUUGCUGCACUAAGUAUUAGUUUGAAAGGGAAUGGAUUUUUUAAACUUUGAUUUUCAUUGAUAGUGUUCAAAAUUCUUUGCAAUCCUCCAAUUUAACAAGUAUUAGAACAGAAAUGUGGCAAUUUAUGCCAUGCACAAUUGUUUAAGGAGGCCUCAAUUGCCUGAAGAUACUAUGCAUUAGGUUUAUGUGGUAUUAUCCCUUGCCAGCUCAGAAUUAAAGGCAACCAACUCCAGAUUUUGAGAUAUUAUUCUGGACAUCAUUGCCACAAGGAACUUGUCAGUGAUUUUCUUUUCAAACACACUGGGGAAAGUUAAAUUUGUUAGUAGCCUCAAGCACUAACUUGAUCAAGGGCUGUGUUGGCGCGUGGUCAAGUGGUUAAGGCAUUGGACUAGCGAUCUGAAGGUCGCGAGUUCGAGCCUCAGCCGAGGCAGUGUGUUGUGUCCUUGAGCAAGGCACUUAACCACACAUUGCUCCUGCAUGUUUAUAGCCCAGUGGCGGCAGUUGGUCCAGUAUGGACAAGACAAGACAAGACAAGGGCUUCUUUUAGGAAUGGGGUACUGAGUUCCAAUAGGAGAUUUAUCCCAGAGCUUCCUUCCUAAGCUUCCCAAACUUAAUUCAAUUCAGCUGUAGUGAAUGAUAGGACCUACAGUUGCCUCUAAACAGAAUUCCUUUGCUGGCUCUAUCUAGUUCAAGUUCAAGUUUAUUGUCACUCAACCAUACAUAUGUAUACAGCUAAAUGAAACAAUGUUCCUUUGGGACCAAGGUGUAAAACUCAGUACAUAUAUCGCAUAAAGUGCAUAAAAUAAUAUUCACACAAUAAUAUUAACAGAUAAUAAAAAUAUUCUGUAGAUAAACAAGUUGACAUAAAGUGCUUAUAUGACAUAUCGUUAAAUAUACAACAGUAUAAUGCUAGUGGCACAAACAUAACUAAUGUGUACUGUGUACUGGGUGAUAGCAGGGUGUUCAGAAGUCUCACAGCCUGGGGGAGUAAGCUGUUACUUGUCCUUGUUCUUAUACUGCGGUACCUUAUGCCUGAUAGUACAAGGUGGGAUGGAUGGGUGGGGUCCUUAACAAUGCUGAAGUCAAGAGGAGAGUGGCUGGGUUGUUUACCUCACAGCAGUCUGGAGAUAUUUAAAAGUGAAAUUUCCAGUGCUGCCAGAUGAGACUGCAUUGGCAUUAGGCCACAUUACCAGGAUAAUUGGCACAGACUAUCUAACUCCAUCUUUAAUGAAUUAACACCAGUGGAAAUAAAUCCACUCUGACUUGCAUCACUGAGAAGUUGUGCCUACCUGAAAAAAUAAUGUAUAUAAAUUUAAUCCUCAAUUUUGAUGGGACACUACAGAAACAUUAAAAAAAAACAUUCCCUGAUUCAAACGUAUGUUAUACAUAUGUGAGCAGCCACAAUUUAAAUUCAGUCAAAUACUUAUUGUCUUGAGUCUCCAUUUUGUUCAGUCUAAAAUGUCACGCAGCCUUAACAUCGAUUAAGGAACAUGUUAAGAGUUCAGUUUCGCUUUGUGCAUGUACGUCACUCUGUGGGUUAUCGCUUGCAUUACAUUUUCUGUAAAUUAUUCUCUGUUUAAUGCCCCACAUUUAGUUUUAGGAGGGGUGUGGCAGAACAGAGAAGAGGGGAGAAAAAAAGCAAGUGAGAAAAUAAUUGAUGCUGCUUUUCCACCAUUAGCUGCAUCAGGAAUGGCCCAGAACUUGCAGAUGGACACUGAGAGCAUCUAGCUAGGGAGAAGAAUCACUGCUCAUCUCACUCCUUUGGAUCACUGUCCACUUCUCUCCCUUGGUGGCCCAGGGCAGCAGAUCCAACGAUAUAAGGGUGCCACGGUAGUACUGUAGUUAGUGUCACGCUACUAUAGCUUGGAGCAUUCUGCUGUUCAGAGUUCAAUUCCGGCGCCGACUGUAAGGAGUUUGUACACUCCUCCCGUGACCGUAUGGGUUUUCUUUGGGUGUUUCGAUUUCUUCCCACAGUCCAAAAUUAUACCAGUUAGUAGGCUAAUUGGUCAUUGUAAAUUGUCCUGUGAUUAGGCUAGGGUUAUAUAUGUGGUUUGCUGGGCCGUGCGGCUCGUUGGGCUGAAAGGACCUGUUCCGUGAUUUAUCUCUAAAUAAAUAAAUAGAAUUAGUGAUGAUGUUCUCAAUGAUGCAGGUUGAGUGUCUUUGUAUAGACUUGUAACAUAGUCAUAAUGACAAAAGCUUUCAGAACAAUAGAAUGGAGGGUAAGGAAGGAGAAAAGUAUAUUAAAAUACCAAAAAAAGGGUUAUAUAUGGGGCAAUGGUUGCCACCUUAUGAAGGAGCCAAAUCGGACAAAGAGGAUUGGAUCAGACUGAAUGCGUAGUGGGAUCCUAGCCUGAGUUCUCAGGUAUGUUUUAUUAAAGGUGAAAUCUAAUUCUGCCCGAGACAGGGAUGAAAAUAAAAACAAAUUUAUUAUGCAGUCCGUAGUUUACAAAUUCCUGAAUUGAUUCAUUUGGAGUAGAUUUCAUUGUUGUCCAGGGCUGUAAAAUGAAUGAGCAACUGAGGAGUCCCCUUUUGCACACUUCCUGACUGGAAGUAAAAUAUGGGAGGGAUACAGACUGGGCUCCUAGCUCACGAACAUCAGCUUGGAGGAAGCCAUAUUCUACUGUCUGACAGUGAGCUCAGCAUGAACAAUAAACAAAGCUGGAAAAAGCCUUGGUGUAGGGACAAUCAUCCAGACUUGGUGUGCAAACCAGCAACACUACCAGAAAGCAUCUUUGAAGAGCAGGCAUGAGAAGGUUCCAGGUUCUGGUGAAAGGUUAUCCACCUGACACCCUGACCCUGUUCCUCUGCCCUCAAAUGCCACCUGACCUGCUGAGUACUUCCAGCAUUUUGUUUUUUUUUAAUUUCAGAUGGCCAGUUGUGUUGCUUUUCAGGGUACAGAAGGGUUGUUUAUGCCCAGGAACCCUCAAACAAUCCAAGUCAGUGCCUUCAGGAGUAAAGAAAGGGUUAAAAAAAUUGGGAGAGGGGAAAAGAAAUAGGUUGUCCAGUUUAAUCCUAGAUAGGUGGCAACCAUGAUUGGGACUAAAGAUUAGAGGAUCAGAGACUUGAAAUAUUUAGAAACUUGAGUCCUAUCAUGUAACAUUUAUUUUAACACUAGCGAUAACCCUAUAACAUAUUUUCUCUUAGGACUGGAUUAAUCAGCCAUUGCUUUGAGAAUGAAGCCUUGGCAACCAGUGAGUAGUCUAUAGCUGUUUUAAUAUUUAGGCAUGCUGAAUGUGUCCUGUGAUUAACAAAUAUGAAUAUAUCCAUAUACUAGUAUCUGUCUUAUUUCUUAGGGGAAAAAAGAAGACUGAAUUAGAUCUCGAGACAUUGUGAAUCUCUUUGUAGUUUCUUGAUGUUUUUGCUAAAACUCGUUUUAUUACAAUUAUACCAUGUGGUGUUGUAGACUUCUUAUACACUGCUUUCUACAUAUAAUAUUAGUCAAACAUGAAAGUGAUAGAUCCUUUCUUAUGAAGCUCAUGUUCUACUUUUGAGAUUUGCUUGCAAUUGCCAACUUCAAUAUGAUAGCCUGUAUAACACUGAGUGAGUAUAUUGUACCCUGUAUUGCUCUUCUGACCUAAAUUUGCUGUAAUCCUAAUGUUAAAAUCUUGCUUUCCUUUUAAUUGCAUUGGAUUAUAUUAGUAAUGUUUUGCUCUAAAUUCAGUCUUUCCAAUAAAAUUAUUCCUUUUAAUCCAA